AUGAGGAUUGUCCAGCCGCUGUGGAUCCCAAAGGACACGCUCAACGCGGUCUCACACGCUGGUGAGUUGCUGGCCGUGGCGGGUGACGCUGGUGUGGACAUUUGGUCGACUCGUUUUGUUGACGAUGCCCAGACACCGACAACGACGAAUGUCGAGACUAAAGAGCGUUAUCUCAUAACGCGGAUGACUUAUGGAGCUGCGGUGUAUUGUGUCCGCUUCUCUCCAGACUCCAAAUGGCUUGCAGUAGCCACGGGAACCUCUACUUAUAUAUACAAAAACAACCAAUGGACCGAGCCGGUACAGAUUCUCCCUUAUCCCGCCCUAGACAUUGCAUGGAACCGGCUAAGCCGUGUCUUAGCCAUCGGAAUGAAGACUAUCCACGUAUUUUUGCUGCUACAGGAGGAGGAUCCAGAUGUUGCCGGAACCGACGCAAAGCCUCCGGUCAAUGUGCCUCAAAAUGCAGCUGAAAAACCGGCUGUCGAGCCUUCACGGGAACUCAAGGAACAACACUCGGUUGCCUCGGUGGUCGCCGUUUCCGAGGGACCACAUUCUGAUCGUCCGUUCGUGCAUGUGAAGGAAAUAACCGGGCAUCAAUCGUUUGUGUGUGGCCUCACGUUUGACCCUAUUGGUCUGUAUCUGGCCUCGCAGAGUCACGAUAGAACACUGAAAAUAUGGAAGCUGUCAACUUUUGGUUUGGAGAAAUCAAUUGCGAAGCCCUUUGAGGACAUGACGCUUGCGUCUCGUUUUCUUCGGCUGUCUUGGUCACCGGAUGGUGCCCACAUCGCUUCUGUGAACGCUGUGAAUGGCCUUUCGAAUGUCAUUGCCAUCGUUCAGCGCGAUUCUUGGUCGUUUGAUAUUAACCUCGUUGGACAUCAAGGUGCCAUUGAAUGUGCUGCGUUCAAUCCCCAUCUUUUCAACUGCCCUUUCAAAAGUCCGUCAUUGCCAGCUGUUCGCACGAUGGCACGCUUUGCAUAUGGGAGACCUCGCGAGCCCACCCAGCAAUUGUGUUUCACGGAUUAUCCAUACAGCAAUGUAUUUGUUUUUGUAUUCGAGGAGGAUGAAUUCGGUCCUCGAAUGCAACUCCCUGAAAUGCCCGAGCAGCCCUUUCCUGUUCCCCCGCCUGUUGUGCAUUCGGCUGAAAAAGAAACAGUUCCUCCUGUGACUUCUAAACCGUUGCCAGUUACUGCUAAAACUACCGCAUCCUUAGACCCCUCAACCGAACUUCCCUCACCUCACGUUGAUACCUCACAUCUUCCAUUGAAACGACUUAAACGGGAUACAAAUCAAACUCACUCGCAGCCUGUACAUGCUACUGUUGCUGAAACAAACGCUCAGAUACGUCUCGCUCGUCCGUGUGUUCGUCCUCACUGGACCCUGCCGGCCGGCAUUAAUGGAAUUUAUCUUGCCUUGCAUAAUUACGAAAAGUUUUCAUGUUUUGAAGUGCGGACAGAUGACGGAAACUCAUCUUUCGCUUUAGCCUCCUCGUCGUGGAAAAGUUAUUUGCCGAGCUCAAUUGUUCUGGCGCGUGCUUCUAAAAAAUGCAUUUCUUUGGCAUGCGAAGAUGGCGUCGUGCAUAUUUAUUCGCCAAAUGGUAGACGGUUGCUUCCUCCGCUGACUUUGGCUUCAGUUGCCUGCUGGCUCGAAUGCGAAAAUGAAUUUGUUCUAUGCAUCACCAGCACCGGUCUGCUUUAUGUAUGGAAUGUUGAUACCCGUCGUGCGGUACAUCCGCCGGUUGCGCUUCAUCCUCUGUUUCAUGUUAACGCUCAUGUCGGUGAGGUGAAGCGUGCAGCCUCUAUUAUGCACGUCUUUGUUACGGCGUCCGGAAAUGCGGUCGUCGUUCUCAGCGACGGCAACUGUUUCUCUUACGACGCUUCCAUGCAGACUUGGAUCCGCGUCAGUGAAGGCUGGUGGAUGAUUGGAAGUCAAUAUUGGGACACGCCUUUUGCUACGGAUGCUUUAUCAUUCUUGGAGCGCUGUACAGAUGAUGAGAUUAUGAAACAAGGACGAGGACGGUUUUUACAGCGUGUUGUCAAAGCUUCAAUGCUCCGGCAAGGUUACGAAAACUACGAAACGGUUGUUAGUGUACGACACUUGGAAAGUCGUAUGGCUAGUGCGGCCAGCAAUGCUUUUGCCAAAAGUUAUCACGAUGCUUUGAUACUGUAUGCGAAGCGUAUAGCCGAAGAGGGCAUGAAGGAGAAACUGGAAGAGCUGUGUCGGGAAUUGAUGGGACCACCCGGUCUUCGUCGUGCCGAUGAAGUCGCCGUACAGCUGGGAACUCGCGUUUGGGAACCGACUGUGGCUUCUCUUCGUAAACGCGACCUUCUUCGGGAAGUAUUAAUGGCCGUUGGACGACAGCGCGAAGUACAGCGCAUCACAUCUCAAUAUGUUGAGCUUUUGGACAAUCUCGAAAAAUCUUAA